AAUUAAUACAUUUAUAUGUGUUUUGGGUGAUUAUGUGAUUGUCAUGUAUAGAAACAUUUCUCUGUUAAAGGAUGAUUUGAACCACAAUAUGACAAUGACGGUACUGCCGGUGACAAUUUUCAUCGGCGUUGAGGCAGUCUUCGGAUUAUUUGGGAAUAUUCUUAUUUUGUUGAUAUAUUCUAAAAGAUAUAAUCAAAGUAAUUUUCGUUCCAUUGUGUUAUCUUUAGCAAUUGUGGAUCUUACAAGUUGUUGUACGACUCUGCCGGGAGAAAUCUUUAGUCAGAUGAACUGGUAUGACUUUGAGUAUGGAUGGAUUUGUAAAGUGAAAUCUUACUUUAAUAUAUUUACAGCAUGGUCGUCGGCAUCCAUACUCCUUAUUUUAGCGUUUGACAGACACCGUAAAAUUUGUCGUCCACUUGCCUGGCAAAUACAUCCGUCCCUUGCUUGGCAGAUGUGUGGAGUUUCGUUUAUUCUGUCAGCUUUUGUGUCUAUCCCGGUCACAAUAUUCUGGGGCAAACAAACGUAUAUUUAUGAAAUCGACGGAUACAAUCUAACAGUGUCGGUAUGUGAGAAAUCAGAUCAGUAUGCGGAUGGCAUAUAUCCUCUCGUCUACAUUGGCAGUGUUUAUAUGUUACCUGUAGGCCUGAUGAUAUUUGUUGCAGGUUCCUUGAAUUUCAUGACAGCCCGGCAGUUAUUCGGCCACGACAUCUCAUUGGAGGUACGUUCAAGACGGCUUUCAAUCUCAGCCACAACUCUGACGUCACUGUCUUUUGCGGCGGAUUCUCUGAAUAUUGUUGGAAAUACGACAACACAAAACGAUAACAAUUUUCAACAGCAACCAAACGGUAAUGCUAAUUUAUUUACGACAUCUAAAUUAUCAGCAGACGCGAGAAAAUCUCUUAUUGUGGGUGAUUCCUGCACAAACAUUUGCUUAACUUCAGUUACAAGAACUAACAACGCAAAUAAACUUUUAAACAAACAUGGUUCGUUCUGCACUAUUCAGUCAUCAGAUAAGCAUGCAGACACAGUGAUGGAACGCACUGCCAGUAUGAGCGCUGAUAUCGUAACCGGCAAUAGUAAUAUCCGCUCUGAUAAUGGGACAGACACAGUAAGUGGGGAUACCGAAAAUAACAAGUGUUGUAUUGAUACUGAAAAUGACACUAACGGAUGCCACCAAGAUGGCAGCGAUACCGGAAGUUGCAAAGUUAACAUGGAAAGCAUAAAUGACAAAGCUGUCCCAAACACAAACAGGAAAUGCAAUACUGGCACGUGUGACAGCAUUAACAAUUAUUCACCGGAUGCCUCUUAUGAAAAUGUUGAAGGUCUACGUCAAAAGCUAGCUGAAAAACAUACACGAACAAGAAAUCUUAAAUCUAGACUUCAUCGUUGGCAAAAAACAAUAACAAUGCUGGUUUUGACAACUGUCUUUGUUUUUACAAUGUCAGCUUACGUAAUCCUGACAAGUUUGGUUGCAAAACCGGAGAGUAUUCUAAAAGAGUUAUCAAACUCGAAGAAAGUGAUAUUUUUCUUUUUCUGGCGUCUUUACUUUGUUAAUAGUGUAGUAAAUCCCAUAUUAUAUGGUUUUAUGGAUCCUAGAUUUCGGUUGGGAUUCAUCUCAUUUAUACCUGGAUGUAAAACUAAGAAAACGAAUAAGAUUUCAAGAGCGGCAACAAGUGUGAUAAAUGACAAUUGUAAAAUACGAUUUGAUGACCAAAACUGAGGGAAAGAUAGUGAUAAAAUAAGUGGUCAAGAAAAACAAAAGAACGGGACGAGAAAUAGUUGUUAAGCGACAUUUCAUAACACUAUUUAACUUAUAAAGAAACAUAAAAUAUCAGUUAUAUUACAAUAGCUGAUUUGUUUAAGGUAGUUAUGCACGUUUUGACCUAUAUUUUUCUGCGAUGAGGAAUGUGA